CAAACCAAAGCCACAGCCUACUACCACCACACCUUCCCCCCCCGCCCAACAUCGCUCGCACCCUUCUCUUCGACAAGUCGUCGUCAUCACGUCACAUGCAAGCGCGCCAUCCUGCCCUUUCAUAGCUACCUAGCCUCCCUUCCCUUAGCGCCUUAUCUUACGUCCUCCGCAGAGAGCCAGCCAGUCUGGUCUCCGAACUGCGCUCUUUCGCUAACUCGUUUAGCCAACCCCAACAAGGGCAAUGCUCGGCGCCAUGUCUCACUAUACCCCAGCAUCAUUACGUCUCAUGACGGCGCAGCCAGGGUAUGACACGGGAAUGGCUUGCCGCUCCCCUAGCACACGAAGCUUCUAGCGUCGCCUCCGGGUUUCAGCCGCAUUUGGCCACCGGCUUCUCUUGCUGCUAGCAGGUUUCGCCCGCCACAGGCGGCUGGGCACAGCUUCUCCACAGAACCAUUCGUCUCCACGUUAGCUCGUAUUCCUCUCGUACACCGGCUACAGCCCUCCAGCCUCGUGAUUUUUUACCAGUCACGUGCGCAACAUUCCACCCAGCUCGGUUCUUGACUCCCGUCAAACCGUAUCUGUUUCCCUGCUCCCACUGGCUCGCAGCCAUGAUUAAGCUCUUAUUCUUCGAACUUCCACUGGCAGUGGUCGUCGCCAUAGCCGGAGGCGCCUUCCUCUUCAUUUCCCUGCUCGUCUCCUGCGUCGUCUACCUCUCCUGUCUCCACCGCCGCCGCGGAAUCCCCUCCGCGCGCCCUCCGCUCCUUCCCGCGAAAGCUGGUUACAUCAAGCAGCCUUCGUCGUCGACGGGCGCAUCCAGCCCGGUUACAUCCCCGCGAGUCAACGGCUUGGCCGCAGCGAAUAGCCCGUACACUCCGCGCGCUCCCCCCAGCCCGCAUGUCAACUCCGCGUACCCGUCCCCCCGUCCGCAGCACCUGGCGCUUCCCCCGAGCACCACUCCGCCGCAGUUUCCCCUCGAUCACCGGCGCAAGCACCCCUCAACGCCCCCUGCGCUAGGCUCUCCAGCGAUGGGGGCGCGCGCAAUCCCGCCGCAAUCUCCAGGCGCAAUCGUCCCUUAUCAUGCACCCGCGGGCGCAGCUGCUGCCGCAGGAAACGCCGCGGGAGCCGCCGGCGGAGGCGCCGCAGGAAACGCUCCGCCGGGGCAGCUUUCCCCAUCCGUGCGAAGGCAGCCGCAGAAGAGCCCCUCUUGGGAGGAUCAGCUUAAAGCGGGGAUGUUUCGGAAGAUGUCUUUAGAAGAGGUGCGCGCUGCGACGGGGAUGUUUAACCAGCGCAAUUUUCUCGGCGAAGGGGGUUUUGCAGUGGUGUAUCGUGGGAGGGGACCGGGGAACGUCGGUUGGGCCGUGAAGCGAUCGAAACGACCUCUGAAGGAAGGUUCGGCCGGCGCUCGCGAUUUCGAAAAAGAGGUGAUUUUGAUUUCGCGACUGUCGCACAAGAACCUCGUGCGACUGCUGGGUUACUGCUUGGAAGCGGGCGAGUAUAUCCUCGUUUAUGAGCUUGCCGCUAACGGAUCUCUCGGGUCUGCACUUUCCAAGUCUCGACCCCAUUUGACUUUCGCCCAGCGCUUAGACAUCGCUAUAGGAACAGCAGAGGCGCUUCAUUAUUUGCACACGGCAGUCAGCCCGCCUAUAGUGCACCGCGAUAUAAAGCCCGAUAACAUAUUUCUGGACCAAAACUUGCACGUAAAAGUGGGCGACUUCGGCCUGCUCAAGAGUAUGUUGGGAGCUGGGGACGCAGCAGGAGCAGCAACGUCCGCGUUUACGCGAGUGGCGGGUACACCCGGUUACCUGGACCCGGACUAUCACCGAACAUCGAAGGUGACUACUAAGGGGGAUGUGUACAGCUUUGGCGUGGUGCUGCUAGAGCUGUUCACAGGGCAGAAGGCUAUCCUUAAGACGUGUCAGGGGGCGCCCGUGCUCGCAGGCAGAGUCCCUGCUAGAGGGAACGGAGACGACGGGCAGGGAAGAGCAGGGGCGAAUGAAAGGGGAAUCCCUAAAGCAGCAGAGGCUGCUGCUGGUGCUGCCGGUGCUGCUGGUGCUGCUGGUGCUGCUGGUGCUGCUGGUGCUGCUGGUGCUGCUGGUUCUGCUGGUGCUGGAGAAGACAGGAAAGCAGCUGGGGGUAAAGGCACGGGGGGAGAGAAGGGAGCGACUGCAAAGAAACCGACCCACGGAACAGCUGCUGCUGCAGCAACAGCAAGAGAGAACUCAACCCCCGUGCACAUCUCUCACUGGGUGGGGCCGUACGUGCAGGCGAGGGAUGUAGUGGCUGUAGCGGACAGCCGGCUCGGCCAGGACUACGAUGGGCCCGCGCUGCUACGGAUACUGCAGGUGGCGCUGCAGUGUGUGCGGCCUACCCGGGGACGGCCGGAGAUGGCUGCUGUGCUGAGAGUGCUUGUGGAAGCUAAGGAGCAGGCGGGGAAGGCGCGGGCAGAAGGAGGAGGGCUGAUGACCGUUGGAGAGGAGGAAGGGGAAGGGGACGAGGGUGGGGAUGAGGGCAGGAAGGGGGAGAUUAAUGGGAGUGGUAAGGGAGGAGUUAAGCCAAAGGCUACCACCAAUCCUGCUGCUACUGCAGAUGCUGCUUCGGCCGGUGCUGGUACUGGCUCUCUCCCAAGACCUAGUGCAACAGCGCAAGGUAAUGAUGUUGCGAUAUCAGUGCGUGCUGAUUGCCAAGAGACAGCAGAGCCCCUUCUGAGGAAAGAUGAGCAGGAUGGGAAUCAUGUUAUCUUGGAGGUCUCCCCGAUGCAGUCGUAACAGGUGUAGCUCUGAUCUGAGGAUCAAGGCAACAGUUGGUUUAAGUUGAUGUCACAUCUCACUAGCGCUACAGCCUACACGAGUAGGCUUUUAGAUUACCUACUUUCAUCAAUCCUCCCUUCAGCUACUCGCUGCGAAGAACGUGGUAUAAUGGUAUUGUCCCACAGUAGGUAAUAGAUUAAGACUUUGUUAGGUUGCAUUGGCCUGAUCAUGAGUAGGGCAAUGAUUGGUGGGGCGAGGGGGGGGAGAUGUUAGGGAAUAGGAUGCCAACGCUCAAGGCUGCCAAGGUGGAUGAAACUGUUACACAGGGAAUGGUUGAAUGCUGGCCUCUUCUUGCUAGAAGGGUAGUUUCCCUUAAUGUUGAGAAAUUAAGAGUAAUUUCUGGC